AUGGCCAUUAAUGUGCGUUGGAAAGAGUUAUUCGCUAACACCUACUCAACUAAGACGCUUAAACAACAUUUGAAGAACAUUGCACCAUUCGAGCAAACUUACACUCGUGCUCCACCUCUAGCAGACACUACCGUCGAGAACAAAUUGGGUGCACUUCGACGAGAUCUGAUCAACAUCACCAAGACAGCUCAAGUCACACCCAAUCUCACUCCAAAACAACGAACUGCCCUUAGAAACCUGAAGAACAAUGAAGACCUUCAAAUUUCCGUCGCUGACAAAACAGCAGAGUUUGUAGUAAUGCCUAAAGAAGAUCACAUCAGGACAACUACAACUCACCUCAACAAUGGAAACGUCUACAAGAAGAUCGACAUACCACAGGAUAAACUGGGCAAACAAAAGUACAUAAACAAGUUAACUAAAACUCUAGAAGACGAUGUUAACUCAACAUUCAAGAACAUUGCCAAGAGUCGUAAUCUCCCUCAAGAUGUUACUAACCUGAUUAAAAACAUCACACCAAAUGAUCUGAAGAGUCUUACUUUCUUUACAGCAGACGUCGAAGCUUUAUACACCAAUAUCAACGUACUAACAGCAAUAGAAGAUGUCAUGGAAUUUGCCAAAGAAAAUAGACAGUCAAUCAGUACAUACGGUCUCCAUCUCUCUGAUUUACAAGAACUACUAGAGACAACCCUAGGAAAGUCAUAUUUUGUCUACAACAAUCAAGUCUACCUACAGCUUCUUGGAUUGUUCAUGGGAACCAACCCUGCACCUAUACUAGCUACUGUCAAAAUGUGGAAACUGGAAAAACUUUCAGUCUACGUAGACCUGAGGAUAACACUGCCCACCUACAGCAGGUUUUACGACGAUCUAAACGGAGCCACCACCAACAGACGAAAAGCUCAGCAACUGUGCAACCUCAUCGAACAACAAGAUCCUGACAAACUUAUCAAACUAACUGUAGACUACCCUGACAAUCAGAACGACUUUGUUCCCUUCCUCAACACGGAAAUAAAGAUCGACUCAGAUGGAAUAGUACAUUCUAGACUCUACAGAAAACCACAGAAAAAGCCACUCACCCUCCACUACAACUCUCAUCAUACAACACGUACAAAGAAUGCUACUGUUGAGAGUAUGUACAACACCGCAAAGGCAGUCUCUAAAAACAGAGAAAACGAGAAGUACUCAGAAAAGAUGAUAGAUAAACUUCUCAUCAACAACGGCUACACUGAUAGAGUCUUAGAAACCAUAAAGAACAAGAGAAAACGUAGAAAGAGAAUUAAUCAGAACGUACAGAACAAAGACCAAGACGGAGCGAUUCUCAAACUACCCUAUGUCAACGAAGCUACUAGUCGCAAAUACAGAGAUGCUGUCAGACAUAGUGGACUCCCCAUCAAAAUUGUCGAGAAACCUGGACGGAAACUGAAGGAUCUCCUUACAGACUCCAGACCCCUUGACAAGAAAUCCUGUACAACAUCAAACUGCAGAACAUGCGCAGCUUUAACCGAUGGAGAAUGCACCACAACUAAUACCGUCUACCACAUCACUUGCGAAGUAGACAAUUGUACCGAGAACUAUGGUGGGGAAACAUACAGACCGAUCAAGUGCAGGUUCGACGAGCAUUACCGUAGUGCGGCAAAUCCAACAGCAAAAUCUUACGAAGAUAAGCCACUAGCAAAGCACUACAGGGAAAGUCACCCUCAGCACAAAGGCCCCCCAAAACUUAAACUUCAAAUCGUAGAUAGAGGAACAUCACUCAUCAACAGAAAGAUUAAAGAAGCCCGAUUUUUAGUUGAAAAUAAACCAACACUCAACGAUAAAACAGAGUUGAACAAUCUAACACAGUUUUUAGUUGAGUGA